GACUUUCUAAAGAGAUUCCCUUAUUCAUCUGUGCACAUCGUUUAUCCUGAAGGGGGGAUCUUUGGGAUACUGGCACUUCAGGUGCAUUGCAAAUCCGUGGAGCGCAGUAACUCUUAGCACUUUUGUCACUUUCUAGUUUCUGGACCAAACAAUAACAGGAAUAAACGAGUACCUACCAGUUUAAUAAGCAAUUGUCUCCAAGCAGCUUCUCACAAAGGGCUCUACUUUUGCCCCAUCAAAAAGCAUCGUCAAAGGCGCCUCUUCAAAACAGCUAAGAAAGAGUACGUCAGGAUAUCAGGCUAGCCUGCAGUACUCCAGUUUGUAGUGCACUGCUUAGUUCACACCGGGUGAAGGCCUGGCUGAAUGGCUAGCGAUGCUGGCCUUGCCCCCCUCGUUGAUAGCACAAUUUCAGUGAUCACAAAUGAUGGGCGAGUCAUAGUGGGCAUUCUGCGGGGCUAUGAUCAAGCUACAAACCUCAUACUGGAUGAGUGUCACGAGCGGGUGUACUCCAGCAAGGCUGGCGUGGAGCAAGUAGUGCUGGGUGGACUGCAUGUAGUAAGGGGCGAUAACAUAGCUGUUGUGGGAGAGGUCGACGAUGAGAUUGAGCAAGGGCUGGAUCUGAGUGCCAUUCGUGCCACGCCACUCGCCCCUGUUCAGCAUUGAUUGAACACACCAGGCUGCUUUGGAUUUGCUUGCAAUGAUGCAAUAUGGGCCUGAUGUGACUAGGAUUUGUUGCCGUGCAAACGGUCAGUGGCAGAGUUCUUACAGCAGGAAGUCUGAUCAGACCUUUCCCUCAUCGCCACAAUCAAUUUUCAUGAUGAUCGACCAGCUGUAAUAAUGACACGGGAU